AUGAGUAUACAUGCUCAGAUCCGAUUGUUUGCUAGUUUGCUCUCGCCCAAGGCAGCAAUUCUUGGCGUGCGUCGAGUCUUGGGACACCGGUGCAGGCAGCCGGUUCAGCGUGCACAGUCUCCUUUCGCAGAGAUUGCAUUUGCUGCUGCCCUCUAUGGAACUGUGCGUGCUGCUGCGCAUGCAUGGGUGUCGGCGACCGACAGCUUCGCUUUGCGCGACGAACUCUUUCAGGACAUGGCAGUGGCCCACACUUAUAAAAACUCCAUUCGGCCAUGGAUUCAGUCGGGGGUCAUUGCUCUGAUCUCGAGCAUCUUCGUAGUUUUUGCGGUCAAGGAGUUUAUCAAGUCGAUGAAAGAGUGGGAACAGCAGCAGGAAGUGAAAGAGAUGUCCGCGAUGGGAGAGGACGCCCUGUUUCUGAUGUCCACUCCGGUCGAUGCGACACCGCUCGAAAAAAAGAAAGACAGGAUGAGGAAGCGCCUAACACCGCUGCCAAUGCGGCUUCUCGGAGGUCUUCUGGACAAAGUAUGGCUACUGCGUGUUGGUGCAUGCGUUGGGUACCUGCUUCCGUUCCUCAAUGCUUUGGACUUCGGCGAGAUCUCAAUCUCGCUUUAUCCGUAUGCUGUGGGAGUCCCGCCCUGUGAGCCAAUCGUCAACUUCAUGCAGCACACCCUCAAAAUGCGCUAUCUAUACAAUGCCUACUUGAAGUCCGGAUACUACUUCCUCAUCGUAUGGUUCCUCUUCAUUCAGCUAGCCGUGAGAAACAAGGCUGCCCCAUUUUACGUGCGCUUCCACUCCUCGCAGGCGAUUUUGAUCUCCAUGCUCUUGGGAGUCCCACAGCAGGUUUUCUUUGCUGUGCUAAAUCCAUGGGAGUCUGGCCUUUGGGUACAGACUUUCAUGUACCACAGCAUGGUGUCAAUCUUUCUCUUCAUCGUGUGCCUCCUUCUGUGGUGUUGUUUAAAUGCUUUGAUGAAGCGUCAAAUGGCCAUGCCGUUGGUUUCAGAGGCUGCCGUGAUGUGGGCGGGAAAAGAGUGA